AUAGCCAAAUCUCCCAUGGCAACAUCCAUUUCCACCCUUGUUUUCCUUCUCUUUUUCACCUUAUCCUCUGCUUCGGACAUAUCAUCCUCAACCUGGAGAACCGAUGAUGAGGUGAUGAGCUUGUACCAAGCUUGGGUAGCUAAACAUGCCAAAACAUACAACACCAUAGGAGAGCAACAGAACCACGUCGACAUCUUUAAGGAUAACUUGAGAUUCGUCGAUGAGCAUAACUCGAAAAACACGACAUUCAAGCUCGGCUUGAAUAAGUUCGCCGAUUUAACUAACCAAGAGUACCGUGCCUUGUUUUUGGGUACCAAGAGUGACCCUAAACGUCGAGUCAUGAAAUCCAAAAACCCCAGCCGACGUUACGCUUCCAACGUCGGCGACAUCUUGCCAGACUCAGUAGAUUGGAGAGUCCAUGGUGCUGUUUCUCCGGUCAAGGAUCAAGGGUCUUGUGGAAGUUGCUGGGCAUUCUCAACAAUUGCAGCGGUUGAAGGCAUAAACAAAAUCGCCACCGGCGAGCUAAUCUCUCUUUCAGAACAAGAACUGGUGGACUGUGACAGAUCCUACGACGCCGGGUGCAACGGAGGCCUAAUGGACUAUGCCUUCCAAUUCAUCAUCGACAAUGGUGGCAUUGACUCUGAAAAAGACUAUCCUUAUCUUGGAGCUGAUAACCAAUGUGAUCCAACCAGGAAGAAUGCUAAGGUUGUCAGCAUUGAUGGGUACGAGGAUGUUGUUCAAUAUGAUGAGAGGGCACUAAAGAAGGCUGUAGCACAUCAGCCUGUGAGUGUGGCCAUUGAAGCCGGUGGCAGAGCUUUCCAACUCUAUGAAUCGGGAGUUUUCAGCGGUGAAUGUGGAUCGGCAUUAGACCACGGUGUGGUUAUUGUUGGAUACGGGAGGGAUGAUGAGGGUAGAGAUUAUUGGAUUAUGAGGAACUCGUGGGGCAGCGGCUGGGGUGAAGAUGGGUACAUAAGGAUGGAGCGAAACGUGGAUGUGUUUACCGGAAAGUGUGGGAGUGCGAUGGAGGCUUCCUAUCCAGUUAAGAAUGGGCCAAACACCAUCAAACCAUACUGGAGCAACGAAAACACUAACAAAAUUAGCAGUGCUUGACGAAUCUUUGCGUUUUCUGUUUUGAACCAUUGGAGAAGACAAGCUGCCAUCUCUAUUUCAUCGUUUAUUGAAGUUAUAAAAGUGUUUUGUGCAUA